AUGGCGCUAGACCGGCAUCAUACUGCCCCGCGCUUAACGGGCGUGGACCCGACUGAUAUGUCUCCAGAUCUCCCGUAUUUCGAACACCACGAGCUUGAGGGCGAUUGGCCGUUUACUACAAAACAGGCAUUUCAUUUGAUCCAUGCGCAGUCGCUAGGCGGGGUUAUUACCGACUAUAAUAGGUUCUACGCUAACGCGUUCCGGCAUCUUCUCCCCGGGGGGUGGUUAGAGGUGUGGGAGAAUGGCCUGCGCUUCUUUACUGAUAACGCUCAGGAUGAAGCCCGGCUAGUGGCACUAAGGGAGUGGGAGGCGCUGAUACACGAGGCAGCGGCUAAGUUUGACAAGCAAAUCAACGUGGCAGCCGAGCAGAAGGAGCUGAUGCACUCAGCUGGCUUUGUGCAAGUCGACGAACAGGUACUCAGAGUUCCCUUUGGCAAGUGGAGUGACGACCCAAAUCUGAAAAGCAUUGGGAGUUUCUAUGUGUACCAGAUGCAGUGCGCGCUGGAGGGAUACACGCUACGUCUAUUCACCAAGACAUUGGGCUGGUCAAAGGAAGACACUGAUGCCCUGAUUAAUCGGGUGCAGGAGGAAUUACAGCAAAAGGAUCGGCGGCUUUAUUCAUAUUUCCAUCUUGUCAUAGGGCAGAAGCCAGCAAUGGCCGCUCGAAAGCAAUAG